AUGUCGUUGACUUCUGACGUGCGCAAAAAAUAUAUCGACAUUAUUGACGACAUUCUGGCCAAAAGCGACCUCACUACCAUCUCCGAGAAGCGAAUUCGCAAGGGUCUCCAGGAUGCUGUAGGCUAUGAUCUCACCCCGAUGAAGUCUACCAUCAAGCAGCUGAUUAUGGAGCGGUUUGAUCGCUACGCCGAACAAAACGGCGUGGGCGGAUCGCCCGAUGAAACUGCCCCAAGCAAUGAUCAGCGCGAUGGUGAUUCAGCAUCAGCUGUGCCCUCCCCGCCCCCCUCCACAUCUCCAGUGAAGCGCCAGGCCUCCAGCGAUGCCACUUCCGAGCCUGCGAGCGCAUCGCCUCCCGCCAAAAAACACAAGCCCGAUACUGAUACCGACGCGGAUGCGGCGUUCGCGGCCAAGCUGCAAGCUGAAGAGAAUUCGCGCGCGCGACCUACCCGUGGGGGCAACACCCGGCGUGCAGCUCCCGUGAAGAAGAAGAGCAAAGCCAAGACCUCGAAGAGGGUCAAGGCAGAAGAUGAUUCAGAUGUUGACUCAGGCGAAGAGCCCAAGAAGGAGGUCAACCGAAAUACAGGUUUCCACAAACCUAUGAACCUUUCUGAACCUCUGUCUGCACUUCUGGGAGAACACACCCUUUCACGACCCCAAACUGUCAAAAAGGUUUGGCAAUACAUUCGCGAGAACGAACUUCAGGACCCCAGUGAUCGCCGCCAAAUCCUGUGCGACGAUGCUAUGCGGGCUGUCUUCAAGCAAGAUCGAGUUCACAUGUUCACCAUGACUAAAAUUCUCAAUCAGAAUUUGUAUAGUCCCGAUGAAUAG